GGCGCCCCCAACUGCGCAUCAUGGCCGGCGCAUCAGAAGACACUAAGCGCAAGGCUACCACCGACCCCCCCAGCGGCUCUCCGAAGCGCAUCAAGCACAGCCCGCCGACGCCUGACCAGGCCGACGACGCGCCCGCCCCGCCCGUCAAGCGCAUAGUGCCGUUUCCCGAGAAGCCCGCUGUUAUCGAGGAGCGCAAUGGAGAGAUCGAGUUCAGGGUGGUCAACAAUGACGGGAGGCGCGAGAGCACCAUCAUCCUCACUGGCUUGAAGUGUAUCUUCCAGAAACAGUUGCCUAAGAUGCCCAAGGAUUACAUUGCCCGCCUUGUCUAUGACCGAACACACUUGAGCAUCGCCAUUGUGAAGCACCCGCUCGAAGUCGUGGGAGGCAUUACCUACCGCCCGUUUGACAAGGGCGAGUUUGCCGAAAUCGUCUUUUGCGCAAUCUCGUCGGACCAGCAGGUCAAGGGCUACGGCGCCCAUCUCAUGUCGCAUCUGAAGGAUUACGUCAAGGCGACGUCGCGAGUCAUGCACUUCCUUACCUACGCCGACAACUACGCCAUCGGCUACUUCAAGAAACAAGGCUUCACCAAGGAGAUUACGCUGGAGAAGUCGCGGUGGAUGGGCUACAUCAAGGACUACGAGGGCGGCACCAUUAUGCAGUGUAGCAUGGUGCCCAAGAUACGCUACCUCGAGUCGGGCAGGAUGCUGUUGAAGCAAAAGGAGUGCGCCAAUGCAAAGAUUAUGGCCGUCAGCAAGAGCUACGAGGUGCACUCGCCACCAGCUCAAUGGGCCAAGGGGGAGCUGAAGCCCAUUGAUCCCCUUACCAUUCCCGCCAUCAAGGACUCUGGCUGGUCGCCUGUCAUGGACGAACUGGCCCGCGCGCCCCGCCACGGACCCAACUACAACGCCCUCCUCCACCUGCUGAACGACAUGCAGAACAACAGCAAUGCGUGGCCGUUCCAGCAGCCCGUCAACAAGGACGAAGUGCUGGACUACUACGACGUCAUCAAGGAGCCCAUGGACCUGGCCACCAUGGAGGAGAAGCACGAAAAGGACCUGUACCCCAACCCCGAGGACUUUAUCCGAGACGCCAAGCUCAUCUUUGACAACUGUCGCAAGUACAACAACGAGAGCACGCCGUAUGCCAAGGCAGCCAAUCGACUCGAGAGGUACAUGUGGCAGCGGAUACGCGAAAUACCCGAGUGGUCGCAUCUGGAGGGUGAAAUGGCGGGCAAGUAAGAGAGGCGUUUGCAUGGGCUUGAGGGAGCAAUGGAAACAAAAGAGAAAGGGGCUUGUUUUGCAUUGUGUCUUGUCUUGUGUCUUAUUGUUAAGCGGCAUUUGGGGCAUGGCGUAGGGUGCAGGGUGUUGGGUUGAUUCGGCUUGUAUAUACCCAUUGUCGUACGGUAACCAAGGGACAUGUUUGUGUUGCCGUGGGAUAUUCUUUGAACAAAGACGGCGAAAAUGAAAGAAAA